AAAGGGGCAAUUCACCGAGUCCAGUAUCCUUCCUUUUGUUCUUAGUGAAAAAGAAGUCUAAAGUACCCAAAGUACUCUCCUAUUUAUUCGUUCUCUGAAAAUAUCCAACAAUAUUUUUCAAAUAAUCAGUUUAAUCAUCAAAGACAAUUCAGUGGAAUGAGUCACCCGGCAGUGCACCCGGUGGACGUGCUGCUGGAACCGCCAGCUGAAAACGCGGCCGCACCACCAGGUGUGAGAAUGGGGUACAUCAAAGGGUUGCCUGGAACCAAAUUGGGCCUUGUUUUGCGUGCGUCUCAAAUCUUCUUCGCCACUGUUGCUGUUGUUGUUAUGAGCACCACCAGUGAUUUCUCCUCCGUCUUAGUUUUCUGCUUGCUUGUUGCAUUUUCUGGACUUCAAAUCUUUUGGAGCCUUGCAAUGGCGUUGACUAAUAUUCGUGCAAUAUCAUUGAAACGCAAAUUUCAGAAUCGCCCAGCUGUCAUUAUCUUUUUUGCUGGUGAUAUGGUUGCAGGAAGAUCGUGUCAGCGCAUACUUGAUACCUCCGGGGAACGCAUGACACGUCAUCACCACAAAAGAACCCACAACAGUAGUCUAGAGAUCUCUUCUCUACUCAUGUUCUCUGGAGCCUGUGCAUCUGCUGGUAUCACUGUUCUCGUUAAUGCUGAUCAACAGGAUUGUUCCAUGAACCACUGUGUUCAGUUUCAAACCUCGACAUGCAUGGCUUUUGUUACUUGGUGUAUUGACUUACCUUCUUUUAUGUUGAGUUUCUGGUCAUUUGCUGCUGUGUGAGUCUAUGACAAAAACAUGGGUAGUACGCUCGCGCAAAUUUUUGGGUACACCCUGGUGGGUAUACCCCUUCCAAAAGGACGUCAUUUUCUAUUGUUCAACAUGAACAUUUAUAUACAAAUUUGAAAAUAAACAUUUACUUAUUGAUUUAAAAAUGAACAUUUAUUUACUGAUUUGGAAAUGAACAUAUAUAAUGAUUUGGAAAUAA